ACCAAAAUAAGAAGAGGACGAGAUUCACAUGAAGUUGUUAUCUUUGGUUAGGGUUUUUAAUGGAUUUAGGAAAAGUUUAUAUAAUUUAAAAUGUCCCGAUAUUUUUCAUUAGGAAAAUAUAAUGAGCCCAUGAAAUGUUUAAAACAUUUUAAGGAAUACACUUUCCAGGGUUCUAGAGAUAAUCGACAGGCAUUAAAAAAGACUGUUUCCGUAUUUUUGGAUAAAGUAAAGAACAUUUCACCGGCAUCUGCACUGACUUCAGAAAAUGUUUCCAAAGCAUGGCCGUCCCUCGGUAUCUUUGAAAGAAACAAAAGCCCUAAAAACAAGCAUAUUAAAUCAAAACUACUGAAGAAGGAAAUCGUGAAAUUAUGCUCGAAUCUGCAGAAGAGUAUAUCACACAAUAAAAAUGUAAUUUGGACUGCUGCUGGAUUGUCAGCAGUAGAAAGUAAGAUAGGAGAUGGAGGGAAAGUUGACACAGUGGCGGAACUAAUACCAGAACCGCCACCAAUUCCAGAGGGCACUUCAGAAAUUUUGGAACAGUUGAAUGCUCUUGGAGAACCUACUUUUGCAUCACUAGGUUUAGGUGGCUACAGCCCUGUAGGAAUAGCGCAAAACUGUUUCGAAUACCUACAUGUUACUCUUGGAGUGGAAUGGUGGGCAGCAAUCGCAAUAGGUACUCUUGUUAUUAGAUUAUGCCUCUUCCCAUUAGUAAUAAUAGCACAGAGAAAUGGUGCAAAAAUGAAUAAUUACUUACCACAAAUGCAGUUGUUACAAUUGAAAAUGACCGAAGCAAGACAAACUGGUAACCAGAUUGAUGCGACAAGAUACUCUCAGGAACUGAUGGUGUUUAUGAAAGAAAAAGGAUUGAACCCACUGAAAAAUAUGGUUGUUCCUCUCGCUCAGAUGCCUAUUUUCAUCUCCUUCUUCAUGGCUCUCAGAGGGAUGUCCAAUGUUCCAGUGGAUAGUUUGAGAACUGGAGGACUGUGGUGGUUUACCGAUUUAACUCUUCCGGAUCAGUAUUUUCUUCUGCCCAUCAUUACUAGUGCUACGUUGUAUGCCACUCUCGAGCUAGGUACAGAUUCGGCCCGACUAUCAUCACAAAAUGCACAUUUGAUGAAAUAUGUAUUGAGGGGUCUACCGUUAUUCAUAUUACCCUUCACCGUGGGUUUCAAUGGAGCAAUAUUGUGUUACUGGGUAUCAAGUAACUUCAUUUCACUAGUUCAAGUGGGAUUUUUGAGAAUACCAGCCGUCAGAGAUUACUUCAAGAUCGAACCAUUACAAAAGUUUGAUCCGGCUACUCUGCCAAUGAAGCCGAAAGGAUUCAGAGAAGGAAUCAAAGAUUCUUGGACAAAUAUAAAAAUUACGAAGGAGCUAGAAGAGAGAACAAGAUUGGAUGAGAUACAAUUCAAUAGGGCUGGGAAGGGUCCUAUAGUGAAAACAUAUAAAUACGACCCCACCAAAAAAGAAGAUCCAUCAAGUUCAAUCCCGAUUAGUGCUAAGAAGCUGUAAUAAAUAUACAUUCUGUUAUGUAAAUUAAACAACUCAAUACUUAA